UAAUAUUAUACCCCCAACUUACAAAGUUACCAAGUACCCUUGAUCUCUACGAUCUUUAUACCCAAACACAUACUUGCUUACUUUAACACUCACGAUUGUUAUCUAACUACUACUACUACUACUACCUUCAAUAAAUACAAUGGCUCCACCACCACCAAACGGCAGAAAACUCUGGAGAGUUCAAAGACAACCAUCUACUACUGGAAACCAACAAGUCGAACACAAUUCCUCCCAAGAAUGCCUUCAAAAUUCUCUCAAGAUUGUUGCUGCUGGUAAGGCAUACCUGACUAAGAGACCUCCUUUGAGAAGACCAAAGAAUCAACCAGGAAAGCCUAAAGAUUUUGUCUUUGUCGAUCUUUCACCAAUCAGAUCUGAAGAAGAGGAAUCAAAUAAGCUUAACACUCAACAGAAAAUUGCAUCUACUUACCCAGCAAAUGUUUCUCCUGUGUCUGAGGCUUCUAAUGAUUCAUUUUCAGUGUCAUCUGACGAAGAAUCAAUGUUCUCAUUAUAUGAUUCAACCAACAUAAAUUCGAACGCUCAAUUUUCCCAAUCCGGUAAUGAAUAUAAUAGUGCGUCUAACUAUAUGCAGUCAAAUGCACAAUUAUUUUCGAUGCCUGAAGUUGGUCUUGGACUUAACAUGUUGGAUGAUUGGCAAUUUGAUGUUACUUAUCAACAAAACUUCAACCAAUAUAUUCCAUCUUCCACAUUUUCACAACAAGAACAACAAUCUUUAAAAAUGCCUAAAGUUCAUCAAAGAUCAGAAUCCACUCCUUAUAUGCAGUACAUGCCAACAUUUGAAGCUACUCAACAAGCAACUCCAAACAGAAAAAGAGCUGCAUCUGCUGAUUUCUCAUAUAAGACUCCAUCUCCAAAGAGAACUACCUUUUCUCAAAGAAAUACUCCUCUGGGAUUGGAAGCCUUUAUGAUGUUUAAUGAUCAAUUAUCAGUUGCACUUCCAAAAGAAAUGAUACCCACCUAUGUGCAGGAUAAUGCUGCAAGUGUAAAAUGUUCUACUACUAGUACUUACACGAGCAUGCCAAGAUCUGUUGCCAAUGCAGCCGAUGCUUUUGACAUGGCCAUUCAAUCUGUUCCAUUUUCUCCAGUUACUGAUGACUCUGAAAUUGAAGAACUUCACAAUACCAAACUUGGCAAGCCAAUUGACUUGUCUACUACUUUCGAUGCACACAACAUGUUAAUUCAAAAGCAAAAUGACUUUGACUUGAAUGCAUUUGUUGCUUUUUAAUUUAUUCGGUUCUAUCUAUUUUUUCAACCACUCCCACAAUUACCCAUUUGCAUUUUGAUGGCGCCUCCUUUGGCAGCCUGAUCAGACUUUUUAACCCAUUCUUCCACGACAAUUCAUUAUUUCAUCCACCCUUGGUGGUUUACUUUGCAUACACUUAUUUUUACUACAUUCACCAAUUGAUUUACUUUAGCUUAUUUCGAUGCAGUUUCGAUACUGCAAAUUCUUCAAAUCAAACUUCGGUCGGGUUCCUUUUCACUUCUUCAAUCCUACAAGGGUUACUAUUAUUAUUAUUAUUAUUAUUAUUAUUAGG